UUGAUUUUCGCACGUUAUGGUUGUACGUAUCUACAAGACAGAUAUGUAUAGCUAGAGAGAGAGAGUGCGUGUUUCUAGAGCGAGAGAGCUCCUGCAUGUGCUUUCACUGCAUCACCAGAAACCAUACCUUCUCCCAACCGAACCCCUCCCCAUCUCUCUUUAAUCCUCGUUUCCGUUUCAAACCCUCUCUCUCUCUCUCUGAACGUAGCUCCGGCAACGCUCAUGGAGUUGGAUUUCUGAUGCAAUGAGGAAAGAAAAGAAAUCGCUUGUGUGAUCUGAUCCUAGUCACAUACAUAAUCUUUGACCUUCCGCUUUCCGCUCUCGAUUCUCGCACGCGCUGGGGCAAAUUUUAGUAGUUCAGGAUAUAUUUUUUUACAGCGCUUACGCUCACACGCGCGCAUCAUGUGACUUCCGAUGAAUUUGGUCAAGCACUCGUUCUGAACUCUGAUCCAUGAAGAAGUUCCACUGGUUCAAGCAAAUCUCCAACGACGGUACAAAGCUCAAGAGGCGUCUCUCUCUGGGAGAGUACAAGCGAGCCGUUUCGUGGUCCAAGUACCUGGUCUCGUCUGGCGCGGAGAUUAAAGGGGAAGAGGAGGAGGAAUGGAGCGCGGACAUGUCGCAGCUGUUGAUCGGUAACAAAUUCGCGUCGGGACGGCACAGUAGGAUUUACAGAGGGGUGUACAAGCAGAGGGAUGUGGCGAUUAAGCUCGUCAGUCAGCCCGAGGAGGACGGAGACUUGGCUGCCUUGCUGGAGAAGCAGUUCACUUCCGAGGUCGCUCUGCUGUUUCGGUUGUGCCAUCCUAAUAUCAUCACUUUUGUUGGAGCAUGUAAAAAGCCUCCUGUGUUUUGUAUCAUCACUGAGUACUUGGCUGGGGGCUCCCUGAGAAAAUACCUUCAUCAGCAGGAGCCUUAUUCACUUCCUCUCAACCUAGUUCUGAAGUUGGCCCUUGACAUUGCACAUGGGAUGCUAUAUCUUCAUUCCCAGGGUAUACUUCACAGGGAUCUCAAAUCAGAAAAUUUAUUGCUUGGGGAAGAUAUGUGCGUGAAGGUUGCAGAUUUUGGAAUCUCAUGCUUAGAAUCUCAAUGUGGCAGUGCAAAGGGAUUCACGGGUACUUACCGUUGGAUGGCACCAGAAAUGAUCAAAGAAAAACAUCAUACAAGGAAAGUUGAUGUUUAUAGCUUUGGCAUAGUCUUCUGGGAGCUUUUAACUGCAUUGACACCUUUUGACAAUAUGACUCCUGAACAGGCUGCAUUUGCAGUCUGCCAAAAGAAUGCUAGACCACCAUUGCCAUCCACAUGCCCGGUUGCAUUUAGACGUCUCAUCAACCGAUGCUGGUCAAGUAAUCCCAACAGACGUCCCCAUUUCGAGGAGAUAGUGGAUAAUCUUGAAAAUUUUGCGGCUUCUCUCGAGCAGGAUCCAGAAUUCUUGAUAUCCCACACCCCUUCCAAUGAUCAUACUCUUCCGCGAUGGCUCCCAAAAUGUAUUGCUGUAAAAAAUUAGCUUCUUUAGGUGUUAACAGAAGCACUUUCCUUUGCCUUGUAUCACUGUUCAGUAAGGAUUACAUAUGCUUUUCUCAUA